UGAGUGGCAAUAUCUCGGGCCCCAUACACAUGUAAUUAGUAGAAGAUAAUAAACCCCGUGUUUCCUCUGCUGCUGUCUCCAUCAUCGGGUGGUAAUAUGGCUCAUGGAUCAUAAAGACAUACAGACAUUUGCUCAUGUUGGCUCAUGUUUGGUGUCUUUGGUUUCGUUUCAUCAGAACGGGCCGCCCUCAUUGAGCUCGCCCGUUCCGCAUCAGUCGGCAGGAACUCUUAUUCCUGCGGACCAGCACCGGAACACAAGUGGAGAAGUCUGUCACACGAACUCCGCGUGAAGAAAGUACGCGAUUAUUAACUCGACCGGAGGACAGCCAGCGGCCUGCGGGGAGCGGUGUCCGUCCCGGAGGGGAGCGUCGCAUUAGCGGGCAAUAUUUCGGCAAAGUGAGCCAGCUAUCUUGGAUGAUCAGGAGAAAUAAAGCUUUAGUGAUCUAUGUUUGAGAAGGAGGAACGGACGUUGUCAUGGCAGAGCAAGGCGAAAUGAAGAGUCAAGAGGAGGAUCUGCCACCUGACAUCAAGGAUUGGAGUAAACAUCAAGUGAGAGAAUGGACUCUCAAGUUGGAUGAUGUUGAUGACAGUGUUGCAGAGAUACUGUUACAGCAGGACAUUAAGGGGCCUAGUCUUUUGCUUUUAGAUACAGAUGACUUAAAAAAAAUCGGUGUGACUUUUGGACCAGCAAAACUUAUCAUUCAUGCCAGAGAUGAGAUCGUGAAAUUAAAGAAAGAGGAGCUUGUUGGCUCAAAAAAUGUGCCAAGAGGACCAUGCAAGCCCUAUCCAUUCUGUAGGUACAAUGAUACAUAUAGAUACAUGGAAAGGGACAUUCUUGAUAUUACAGAAUCAGGCGCCUCAGACUUAAUGGAACCCUGCCACGAAUAUAAAGCAUUUAACACAACAACAGAUGAAGCUACAAUUAUCAGGUUAAGUGAAGAGGUUAUCCGCUUUGCAGCUGCCUGCAUGAACAGCCGCACCAAUGGCACCAUUCAUUUUGGAAUAGGAGACAAACCAAACUUCACACACGGUCAAGUGUUAGGAGUGGUUGUUCAGGACAGAGAGGCUUAUGCAAAGAAAAUAAUCUCUGCCAUUGAUUAUUUUGAGCAUAAACACAAACAGACUGCUCAUGGUUGCAUCAAACCUCCCAGAUUGGUUGGGGUUCUCAAUAGGAAUGAGACAUUAUCUGGCAAAUGGGUGAUAGAAGUGGACGUAGUCCCUGACUCUACGAUGUGUGAAGAAAACAUCUACCACACCUUCAUCGUGGACACAAAAAAAGACAAGAAAAAAGUUAAAGGUAAAGAAAAACAAUUCUAUGUCCGAGACGGUGGUAGCAGCAGGGAUCUGCUCAAACCAACCACAUGUGCCAAACCGAUGGAAGAGUACAACCAGUUUGUUGCCGGUAUGGCACGGCAACUCCAACUCCGAAAACAAGCCGAAGAGAAGCACCUCAAUGUGAUAAAAAGCAGUACCCAGGGCUCCAGAUUGAGUCAGAUGAUAACUGGUGGAUCCCUCUCUUUAGAUAAGUCACAUUUUGAGCGUUAUGUGAUGGUAACUAACAAAUCACAUCCAGUCCAGUUGAAAUCACUAGGAUUUCUUGUGGAGCUCAACCCAAUAGCUGUUUUGGACUUUGAUCCAGAAUCAGCUAAAAAUGGAUUACAAUGUGACUUUAAACAACAGAGCACAGUCAAUGACCAUUUACCAGCACAGUAUAAAAUCACAGAAGGAGUUGAAGACAUUGCAAAGAAGUUGAAAUUAACUCGAACCACCAGCUGGGUAUUCUGCAAUGGAGGGAUUGAGAAUGAGGCACCCUCAGACAUAGACGAGUGGUUGAUGGACAAGGGGUCCUCCGUUCGAGAUGUGAUUUCUUUCUUGUGUCGGAAAGAUGUCCUUGCAAACAAGAGAUUCCUCGUCAUUUUCUUACUGUGGUCAACAGUGAGUGAGAAGAUGGACCCUCUUGUUGAGACCUUCAGUAUGUUCUAUCAGGAGCUCAAAGGCAUAGAGCAGAUCCUUUGUAUAUGCGACAACAAACAAGCAUUUACCUCAUGGACGAACCUAGUUGAUGCUCGGUGUGGAAUCAACAUUGCUCAUAGAUGCAUAUAUGACCUCAGUUUUACUGAAGUCAACGGCACGAUCCUUAGUCUUUUGUCAAAAAACCGCAGAUCCAGCCGUUUCCUACCAUGUGGCGGGAGAAGUAAUGUGCUUCUUGAGAAGAAAGUGGAGCGUGGCCUGAAUACCUUGGAGGUACUAUGUGUGAACCAAUGUGAAGGUGGAAACCAGGACAAAAAAGUCAUAGAGGAGAACUUCUACAGAGGAGGACAAGUGUCAUGGUGGAAUUUCUACUUUUCUGAACAGCCUGGAUCCUCACCAUUUAUCAAACGAGACAAGUUUGACUUUAUCAUAAACACAGUCAUACCAGAUUUGGGCUCCCUGGGAAAAGCCUGCGUGUUGUUCAACCUCAUGCAUUUACCCGGGUGUGGUGGGACAACUUUGGCCAUGCAUACGUUGUGGGCUCUCCGGGACCGAUUCCGUUGUGCUGUCCUCAGAGACAUCAACGCUGACUUUGCUGAAGUCGCUGAUCAAGUCGUCAAACUUUUAAUGCAUAACCAUGAGGAGUCAUUACCACGUGUCCCUGUUUUGCUAAUGAUAGAUGAAUUUGAUGAUAAGGAAAAAGUAUUUGACUUGCAGCGGGCCAUUGAUGAAGAAUGUACGAAGAAAAACAUUCGGUCGAAGUCUGCACAGGUAAUUCUACUGAACUGUAUGAUGUCAGAGUCCUCUGAACAGCCUGAACAAACUGAUGAGAAAGUAUUCAUUGGAAACACUCUCUCGGAGAAGGAGCAGAAACAGUUUGAGGAAAAACUUGUAGAAAUAGAGAAAACACACAAGAAUGCAGACACGUUCUAUGGAUUCAUGAUCAUGAAAGAGAACUUUAAGCCAGAGUAUGUUAAGGGUGUGGCCCGCAACACCCUGAAGAGCUUCGACAUAAAUCAAACACAUGCACAACUCCUGGCUGUUUUAGUUCUGUUGAAUGUAUACUGCAAGGAUGCCUCUCUCUCUGUCUCUCUGUGUGAGGAAUUUCUUGGUCUUCAACCAAAACCAGUCUGUGGAACCGUCAAAAUCGAAGAAGGAUUUGGGAAAUUUUCCACUUUGAUUGCGACCUGCUCAGUUGAGAGUAAAGUAGUUUUCAAAGCUGUGAAAAUGAUCCAUCCAAGUAUUGCAAAACACUGUUUGCAGGAACUUAACACAACACACAAUGUGAACAAAGCUGAGAUUACUGACCGUCUGCUGACCACAGACACGCUUUAUGAGAGCACACAAGGCAAAGAUCAACUCCUGCAAAACGUGCGCCACAUUUUGGUGAAGAGACAUUAUUCAAAGGAUGAAUGUCAGUUUUCUCCACUAAUUCAACACAUCGCAAGUGAAACCCCAGGACUGGAAGAGAUGGUGCUACAAAAUGCAUCAAAAAGAUUUGAUAAAGAUGCAGUUGUCUCUCAGUUACUAGCCAGGUACUAUUACCUAAAAAAGAAGGAUUUCUCAGAAGCAGGAGUUUGGGCAUUGAGAGCAAGAGAUCUUUCCAAAGACAGCUCAUAUUUCGCCGACACCUCAGCACAAGUUGUCAAGCAUGAGCUCAAGAAUGCCAUUGUAAACUACAAGGAAGAACCUGUAAGCCCUGAAAAAGUGGGCAUGUUUCUCAAAAUGGCUCAGUCAGCAAUAGAUGCAUUCCAGGAAACACAGAGCCUUGCAAAGAAGGAGUCAAGUCAGCGAGUAUGCCCUUUUAAUACAGCAGGGUACUUGGGAGAAAUUCAGGUCGGAGUGCUUGUCAUUAAAAUGUUGGCAAAAACCCCAAUUUUUUCAUCUGAAAAUGUCCGCCAUGACAUCAUGAGUGAGGUUCUCUCUGGAAAUAUGGAACUUCAGGCUGUGGAGACAAAUGAUAAACGGCGCAACAAACACACACAAUACUACAAAAUCCUCAAACAGUUUGAGGAUGUACUCUGCAACCUCAGAUGUAGGAUGAAGAGGAACUUUGACUUCCUUGACAAAUUGUAUGUGAACUUGGGCUGCGGAUCUGGAAUGAAAGACAGUCGUGAGGAAAUAAUGAUAAAUGAGCUUUUCAGAUGCUUCCUAGAGUAUGCAAAGCUUUUCUGCAAGACUGAUACUGCAGCUCUCUUGAGGAAUAAAACCAUGAGCAACAUGCUGAAACUACGCGAGGCAAGACAAUACCUGGAGAUGAACAAAGCGGACACCUACUUUGGGAUUCUGAAUUACCUCUCAAAUGACAUGCCACCUGAAAAAAUGGAGAAGAUCGCCAGACACUCUGCUUUUGUUUGUGCACCUGAACAUAAGCCGACUGUGAAGGAGAGAAUCAACUUCAUCUAUGUCAAUGUUGUGUUGAGUUGUAUCAAACUGGCAACAACACACAUUGCGCCCUACCAGAAACUAAUUCAUCUCCUUUGCCAAGUUCUGCGUGAGCAAAUCCCAUUAAAUGAGAACUUGCCACUGCGCUUCGCGGCAGUUGUUCUGUUGUGGCCACAGCAGCACUGCUUGGAUGGGCUUCCGUCUCAUAGUCUGGGGAUGCACAUCUCACAGAUGAAGACCUCUUAUCACAUUGAGAUGAAGGAAGUGUACAAUGGCAAAAGGCCCAUUGUCCAUUUCUUCCUGGGAAAGAAGCAGGGCUAUGAACGACUGGUACACUUAGGGGAAAUCAAAAGGUGCAUCAUGGCUGGGCAGGAAGAGUUCAUCUUAAUGUGGGAAAAUGGAAGCAUAUGGACAAAGAAGAAGGUAGAGGAGCGCCUUUGUAGGGUCACUGGCCAGGUGAAGUACAAGUCCAUUCUGGCAGACACCUGUAUCCCAGAUCUGAAGUUGGAAAUCACUCCAAUGUUUCAAAGUCAGCUGAGUAGGCAUGCCCAGGAGUCUAUAGUGUCAUUCUUUAUCGGUUUCUCGAUCAAAGGCCCUGUUGCACUCGACAUUAAGUGAACUUUGAAAGCAGUUCCAACAUGGAGCGUGUAGCUAAUCACUGUGGAUCCAUCGGUGUGAUACACACUUCUGUACUUUGAAAAGCAAUGAAGUUGUGCAAUGAAUGAAUAUAACACAAUGUUAUGUUUCUGUGUGCAUCCCUGCAUUAUAUAAUUGAUACUGUGUGCUUUUAGUGUAUGUUUGUGCACGUGAGCAAGCUAGCUGAUGCCCGCCACUCUGCACUGCUCUUAUACGGAGCAUACAGCUAGCUGUUAGCAUUGCCAGCGCUGUUAGCACCAUUAGCUGCGAGACACCGUCUCAGCUGUCGCCAUGUUCAGAACGGUUAGGACGCAACAGAAAUGCCGUUAAUUUUUUAUACAGAACUAAAUCAUAAUUUAGAUUUUCACUCAAAUUAUAUUAACUACUUUUACCUUUUGUCAUGUUCUCCAGUCACUAAAUAAAUGUGUACAGCAACUUCAUAAUAUUGUUCCAUGAAAUUAAAUAUUCUGCAUCAUAACAUUACAUUUACUUAAUGUGCUUUAACAACUACUGUAUAUUAGAAUUUACAAUGUUUUACAUGUAGUAUAUUUGACUAUUGAUAUUACAAAUUUAUUUUCUUUGUGUUUGAAUUACCGUACAAUAGUUGUUACCCUUUGUCAUUAUGUGUUAUGAUGUGAUCAUUGUGCUUAAUUCUUUCAUACCAUGAAAAACCAUGAUGAACAUUGCUUUUUGCAUUACCUUUUUAAUAAAGUUGAAGUGUAAAAUGA